AUGAAAUUUCUUGUAUGCUUAUUUGUUACUCUUGGUGUUGCCUGUGGUGCCUUAUUACCAUUCAAACCCAACUGUCUCAGUGUUUUCUGUACAAUGGAUCUCAAGAUUUGUCCUGAUGGUACACGCGCUCCAGUUCCAGCUGGUGGAUGCUGUCCAUCAUUGAGUGCUUGUGGACUAAAUAUUCAUUCAAUCAAACCCAUCAGCCGCCGAAGCAAUCCAUUAGGUUCACUUCUUUCUGGUACCAAUAUUUUACAAACAUUGACCAGUGCUACACAUGGUACUAAUUUGGGAACAGCUAUAUCAAUUUUGAACUUACUUAACAAUGUUAACCAAUUUUCAAAUGAUAUUCAUAAAAUUCCUCUUUUGAUCAAUCAAACACUCGCUAGUAUUCUCAAUGGAACCGGUCAAGCCGGUCAAGUUAUUGUCGAUCAAUUGAUUGGUGCUGUUUCUAGUGCUACUCAUCAAAAUGCUGCUAGCCGAAAUCUUUUAAGCGCUCUUGGUCAAAAUACAAAUUUACUUUCAAGUAUUAGUCAUAUGUUACCACAAGGUACAUCAAUUUCGACCAUUCUUUCCAUUCUCAAUUUAUUGAACAAUGUUAACCAACUUAAUCAUGAUGUUCAUCAAAUACCUGUUAUCCUCAAUCAAACAUUAGCUAGCAUUGUUAGUGGUGCUGGUCAAGCUGGUGACAUAGUUGUUCAACAAUUACUUAGCCUUGUUGGAAUUCAAUCACAAGCUGCUAGCCGUAAUCUUUUGGAUUCACUUGGUCACAAUGCUAAUUUAUUGUCAACUGUCUCACAUCUUUUACCACAAGGUACAUCGAUCUCAACAGUUCUUUCAUUAUUAAAUUUAUUGAGCAAUGUUAAUGCUAUUAACAAUGAUCUUCAUCAAAUUCCAACUGUUCUUCAAGAAACACUUCAAAAUCUUCUUGGCGGUAUUCAAAAUCUUUUACCACCAACAAUUCAACCAAUUCAAGGAUCAUCAUAA